GCAAAAAUAAACAAAACUAGAAAAGGAGAGGUCACCCAUUAUUCGUCCAGCACUAUCUCAUAGGACAGUUUCUUCAAGCUCACAAAAAUGACUUCAAUGGCAUCCUCCAAUUUCUUGGUCUUUUUUACCCUUGUAUUGCUUUGCAUUAUCGGUUCAAGUCAGAACAAGUGUGAUUUUGAAGCAAUUUUCAACUUUGGUGAUUCAAAUUCAGAUACUGGUGGCUUUUGGGCAGCUUUUCCUUCUCAAUCUGGUCCCUUUGGGGUGACUUACUUCAAGAAACCAGUAGGAAGAGCCACAGAUGGGAGACUCAUAGUUGAUUUUCUUGCUCAAGCUCUUGGAUUGCCAUUUUUGAGUCCAUAUCUGCAAUCAAUUGGAUCUGAUUAUAGACAUGGAGCUAAUUAUGCUACACUGGCAUCUACU